GUUUGUUGACCUCUGGCAUUUACCAGACACACACAACACAUACUCAUAUUACCUAUAGAUUGUGCUCGUCUGAAAUCUAUCGUACGAACGAUUGCGUAUAUGUUACGUGAUGCCAACAGCAAAGAUUUCUGUGCGGGAAGAAGAUAUUAUUCGAUUAACUUUGGAGUUUUUGCACAAUCGUGAACUUCAUAUUUCUCAAUUAAGUGUAGAACGUGAAACUGGUGUUAUAAAUGGAAGUUAUUCAGACGAUGCUUUGUUUCUUCGUCAACUUAUUUUGGAUGGUCAAUGGGAUGACGUUCUUGAGUUCAUUCAACCACUGGAAGCGAUACCAACCUUCCCUACCAAUAAAUUCAGGUAUUGUAUCCUGAGACAUAAAUAUGCUGAGCUAAUAUGUAUGAAAUCAGAAGCUUCUGUAGUUGGAAGUGUAGAUACUGCGGUUGAAGAAGUAGUUAAAGUUCUUAACGAGUUAGAAAAAGUAUGUCCUACUAAGGAAGAAUAUUCUAAUUUAUGUUUAAUGCUGACACUACCAAGAUUAUCUGACAAUUUAGGGUAUAAAGAUUGGAAUCCUAGUACAGCACGAGUACAAUGUUUUAAACAAGUUUAUCCUCUUGUAAUGAAAUUUUUACCAUGCGACAAAAAACCUGUUAUGCCAGAUGCGAUAAACGAUAGACUUAUUCAAUUAAUUAUUAAAGGGAUGCUUUAUGAAUCAUGUUGUAAUUUUUGUAAAUCAAAAGCAGUUGGAAGCAAACAACCUUUUGGACCAAAUAUUUUGAAUUUUUCACAUAUAUUCAAUGGUUCGGAAGGAUAUAAAGAUACAGAUCUUAGUUUAAUGUCAUGGCUUCAAAGCAUUCCAGCGGAAACGUUUAUUGUACCUUUCGAACAAAAAACUUUAAAUGUUGAACUUGAACAAUUAGAGAGACCGUCUUUAGAAACAUCUUGGACCGAACACAUGCUUGUCACACCUAUUAAACCAAAACAAUUCCCUCAUUCUGCAAUGCCAUUUACAAGACCACGAUCUGCUGCGGAUAUUAUGUCCCGUUCCUUACUACCGAAUCUCGAUCAAACCACUUCAUCUUCGUCUCUUAUAUCAUCUAUAGGUACACUUAAUACACCGUCAAAUCUGGUAAAAUCGUCUUUUGCUAGUUUUCAUUUAACAGGAUUGAAGAGUAACACACCCAUGACUAGUUCAGUGGAUAAACUAUUUGAAAGUGAAGUUUUUGUUAAUAGCAUAAACGGUGAAUUACCGUCCAUAACUGAAGUUUUGACUCCAGUUAAAGAAAAUACAAAAUUUUUUUCGGAAUUGUCGUCUCCAGAACCUGGAAGAUCUUCAAAUUCCACAACGACGUCGAAUACAACCAGAUCGUCUAGGAGAGAUUCGUUGACUGAUCGAUAUCAAUCUCUAUCUAUUAACCAGUCUAGCACUAGUUUUGAUAUGCAAAAUAGUCAGUGUGAUUUACUUAAAGAGUAUCAACGCCAAAAACAAAGAUAUCAUGACGCAUUACAAGAACAAGAAAUAGAACGUCUUGAACUUAUACAGCAACUUCGUAGCACAGAAUCUAAGCUCCAAGAUGAAAAUAGAGAAUUAUCUAGUCCAACUGUUCAAUUUGAUCCUGCAACGCUAUCCAAAAAUAGUGCCGCAAAACCUCCAAUACCCACAAAGAUACACGUGACAAAUGGUAGUAAGGGAGAUUGGACUUCUGAGAAUGAUAAUUUAAAUGAAACACUGCAGCCGACGACGACGGGCUACAGCGGCAACAAAACGAUCGCAAACGCCAAUAACACGAGCGGCGACGGGCAACUGGACGGCAAUGGGUACAGCGACCAGAACGGCAAGCCCAGAUUCAUAGCAGUUACCCGGUUGGAGGACGUACAGGCCGUCCGGUGCGCAGAGUUCCAUCCACAUGGUUCCGUGUACGCGGUCGGAUCCAAUUCUAAAACUCUCCGGAUAUGCGCUUAUCCAAAAGUGACGGACAUCAGAGAAAACCAUGUGGCUCAACAACCGACCGUGUUGUUCAAACGGACCAGGCACCAUAAAGGUUCAAUAUACUGCAUGUCAUGGACGCCGGACGGUUCGCUGAUAGCGACUGGAAGCAACGACAAAACGGUGAAGCUGAUGAAGUUCAAUGCGGAGACGUCAAACUUGGAGGGUCAGGAGAUCGAGUUGGCCAUGCAUGACGGUACAGUCAGGGACGUUUGUUUCAUCGAGGACACGACCAACAGAAGCAGUUUGCUGAUUAGUGGUGGCGCGGGUGAUUGCAAAAUAUACGUGACUGACUGCGAAACUGGGCAACCUUACCAAGCGCUUAGCGGCCAUUCUGGUCACAUAUUAUCCCUAUACAACUGGGGUGGAGCCAUGUUCGUAAGCGGAAGCCAUGACAGGACAAUCAGGUUUUGGGACUUGCGGACAAGAGGAUGCGUAAAUGUAGUCACUCCAAACACUUCUAUGGCCAGUAGGCAAGGAUCUCCGGUGGCAGCCGUCUGCGUCGAACCGUCCGGCCGGCUGUUGGUCAGUGGUCACGAGGACUCGGCGUGUGUCCUGUACGACAUCCGGGGUUCCAGGAGUUUGCAGUGCUUCAAGCCACACUCGGCCGAUGUGCGCUCGCUGCGGUUUUCACCCAGCGCUUAUUAUCUUCUGACUGGUGGAUAUGACAACAAACUGGUACUCACCGAUUUGCAAGGUGAUUUGACGACUUCGUUGCCGAGUGUGGUGGUCGCUCAACACCAGGACAAAGUAAUAUCAGGCCGAUGGCAUCCCACGGACUUUUCGUUUUUGAGUACCAGCGCCGACAAGACAACCACUCUGUGGGCUUUACCUCCCUACAAACAAUAACCAGCGCAGCAGUUCAUUUUUAUUAAUUAUUCGCGUUGCGGCUUUGCAUUACAAGAUAUCAGAAUGAUUUUUAUUUUAAAUAAUAAUAAUUUGAAAAAACGAUUUUUUUUUU